GGGGGUGCCGGGGUUGGUGGCCUCAGCAGCUGUUGCCGCGGGGACUGGUCGGUGACGCAGCCGAGGGCGGAAGUGAGAAAGUUGUCGGUGUCCCAAGGAGAGUUGGCGGAGCUGUGCGCGCGGCGCGGCAAUGGGGGGUUCGGGCAGUCGCCUGUCCAAAGAGCUGCUGGCCGAGUACCAGGACUUGACGUUCCUGACUAAGCAGGAGAUUCUCCUAGCCCACAGGCGGUUUUGUGAGCUCCUUCCCCAGGAGCAACGAAGUGUGGACGAAUCACUGCAGGCACGGGUAUCCUUUGAGCUGAUUCUCAGCAUUCCAGAGCUCAAGGCCAAUCCCUUCAAGGAACGAAUCUGCAGGGUCUUCUCUACAUCCCCCACCAGGGAUAGCCUAAGCUUUGAGGACUUCCUGGACCUCCUGAGUGUAUUUAGUGACACAGCAACCCCAGACAUCAAGUCCCACUAUGCCUUUCGCAUUUUCGACUUUGAUGAUGAUGGAACUCUGGACAGAGAAGACCUGAGUCAGCUUGUGAACUGUCUUACGGGAGAGGGCGAGGACACUCGACUCAGUGCUUCAGAGAUGAAGCAGCUCAUUGAUAAUAUCCUGGAAGAGUCAGACAUUGAUAGGGAUGGGACCAUCAAUCUCUCUGAGUUCCAGCAUGUCAUCUCCCGUUCACCUGACUUUGCCAGUUCCUUUAAGAUUGUCCUGUGACAGCAGCCCCAGCAUGUGUCCCAGCACCCUGUCCAAGACCUUUCCACUGCUGAGCUGUGGCCAAGGUUACGCCUGCGUUGUCAGGGCCGGCCAAGCAGGCCCAGCCUGGAGCCGGCACCGCGCAGUCUGGUCCCGGGCAGGAGAGGACCCCACCUGCUUUUCCCUGCCAUUGUCAUCACUCUGUUUCUACUAAUCAAUAAUAAAGGUUUAGAAGUUUUGAUCCUAA